AUGAGUUCACUUCGUCAGCCGCCCGAAACGGGGCAAAGCUCAACACUGGGCAUCCGGAUCGGAGCCCUCGCCCCUCUCAGCCGACCGGGCUGGAUCGAUGCCGGCAGGCUUCUCUUAGUGGGACUCGAAUUGGCGGUGGAAGAGGUCAACAAUGCCGGCGGUGUCUCAGGGAAGCCGCUCGAGCUCCUUGUCAGAGAUACGGCCGCCGACGCGACGAAGGCUGCAGCGGCCGUAGACGAAUUGGCCGGUCUAGGUGUGGUCGCCCUCGCCGGCGAGUAUCACAGCGUCGUCGCGCGCGCAGUCGCGGCAAGGGCUGAUGCCAUCGGCCUGCCAUAUCUCUGCUCGUCUGCCGUCCUCGAUCACCUCACUGAGCAGCCGACAAACUGGGUCGCGCGUCUCGCCCCCGCGCAAAGCCACUGUUGGAGUGUGUACGCCGACUACCUCCUGAGCGCGGGCCAUAGCACCGUCGCCAUUGCCGCUGACCCAACGAGCGUCUAUUGGGCAUCGGGGACGCGCAUCUUGCGGGAACGCCUCACAUCUCGCGGCGGCACGGUCAUCGUGCUGAAUGUUCGCGAACUCACACCGAAGGCCAUGUGCGAUGAGCUGACCCGGGGAGAGAAUCGGGCGACCGCUGUACUCCUUCUGGUCAGCCAGUCAAGCACUGCGUCUGAGAUUGUUGAGGCUGUCAGUGGCGAUGAGCGCCUCACCGGCACCUUGAUGGGUGCUCCCGCCGGACAGCCCGAGCUGGCCGAUUGGGCGACGGCCUUUGGCAAACAUGAUGGCACUGCGACGCCGUUCCUUCGCUAUAUGCCUGAAAGCCUUGGCCAUCGCGGAGCACGCGUCGAGGCCGCUCUUCGUGAGAAGCUGACCGAGGCUCCGUCUUUUGUCGCUUUCGAAGGCUACGAUACAAUUCUUGUUCUCGCCGAGUUGCUUCGUACCCACGGCACGGAUCGGACAGACAAUCCUCCUGCUUGGUCAGAUAUCGCUGUUGACGGAUCUCGGGGGCACAUUAGCUUCUCGCGCAUUCCCGGCAUCAGUGUCUGGCAGUGGGCCUGGCCCCCCAUCCAGGUUGUCGAUCGGGAUCCUGCGCAGCCUGACCGCUUCCGGACCCUGCAUAUGGCUUAA